AUGGACAACAACAUGAGGACACACAAUGAAAUUGCCAACCGUAGGCUCUGCCUGAUGGAGAGCAUGUUUGAGCAUAGGAAGCAAGAGGACCACAAUUCACGGUCGGCCCUUAGUGAGAAGAUAGACAGGGUCACCCAGAUAGCAAGGGAGAUGGGUAUAAGUGCACAGACUCCAACAUUGUUCGUGGGCCUAUACAAGAUCAUCCACAAUGAAAGUGAUGUUGUAUCGAUGCAAAGAACCCAUUGUGUAGACCCUUGGGAUGUUUUCCAAGAGAUGAUGAUGGCUGAGUUAGAGGAUGCUGAAGAUGAUGAUGCUUUUAUCUAUGGGCUGAGUAUAGGCAACCUGCCAUGGCUGGUUUGGAAUGGGUCUGAGAGGAAGCUUGGGGAUAGCAAGGCCUGUUUUAGCAUGUUUAGAAUGAGCCCACCUAUGUUCCAUACAACUUUGCAUGAUCUUUUAGUACAAUCAUAUGGCCUGAAAUCUAGUGCUAAGUCCACCUCGGUUGAGGCUAUAGGGAUGUUUCUUUGGAUGCUUGGGGCACCACAAUCUUUUAGGCAAGCUGAGGACAGAUUUGAGAGGUCACUAGGGACUGUCUCCAACAUGUUAAACAAAGUUUUGAAGUGUAUGGUGAAGCUUGCUGCUGACAUUAUUAAGCCUAUCGACCCACAAUUUAGAACAAUGCAUCCUAGACUGAGAAAUCCUAGGUUUUUGGCUGAGGUGGCCUCUAAACGCGGCCUCAGAUGGUGUGGGAGGCCUCCCAGCCGGAGCGCUGCUCCCAAGCUGCAUGCAGGGCACCAUGAGCACUGCUGCUCCCCUGCAGCCGUCCCCGCAGCCGACGGUGAAGAAGUGGCUACUGCACCUGCAUCAUCGGAAGCAACAGCAGCUCCCUCGACGAGGAAGCAUAGGAACCCGAGCCUGUACGCCAACAACGUACCUGCAGCUGAGAUAAUUGACUCGCUCCCCCUGGAGACGCGGCUCUUGGUGCGCCGUCGGCAGUAUGGAGGCUUCUGGCAAGCUGAGUUCCUACUCAAGGGCAUGGCUGCCGCUGGCACAUGCUUCGAGCCAGAAGCAUCGGACAUCUUCCUCGCCAGCUUACCCAAGUCCGGCACCACCUGGCUCAAGGCCCUUGCCUUCGCGACGCUCAACCGUGCCACACACUCGCCGUCCGACGGCCAACACCCGCUCAACCACCGGAACCCGCACGACUGUGUCGGCUUCCUGGAGUUCAGGAUCAUCCAGCAGCAGCAGCAGCAGCAGCACGACGCCGCCGGUGCAAGGGGUUUGUAUGAGGCCCUCCCUUCUUCUCCACGGCUGUUUGCAACACACCUUCCCUACUCCCAGCUUCCCCAUGCCAUCACGGAGGAGGGUUCCCGGUGCCGGAUCGUGUACGUAUGCCGGGAUCCCAAGGACGUGCUCAUCUCCUACUGGAACUUCUACAAGAAGGUGGCAGCGACGGCAGCCGCCACUGCCGGUGGCGACGGCGACGGCCAGGACUCUGCAGGCGUGACCAAAUUCGAGGAGGUUUUUGAGCUCUUCUGUGAGGGACGGUUCCCCGGAGGGCCACACUGGCUGCAUGCCCUAGAAUACUGGCACGCGAGCCAGAGGAGGCCGGACCAGGUGCUGUUCCUCAGGUACGAAGACAUGCUGGGAGAUCCGGUGGGUAACCUCAAGAAGCUAGCAGCGUUCAUGGGGUGCACCUUCUCUGAGGAGGACGAGGAGGAUGGGGUGGUGGAUCAGAUCGUGGAGCUGUGCAGCUUGGAGAAUCUCAAGAGCAAGGACGUCAACAAGAACGGGAGUACGCGGCUGGGCAUCAAGAGUGAGUCAUUCUUCAGGAAGGGGCAGGUCGGCGACUGGAAAAACUACAUGACCAUGGACAUGGCGGCGAGGCUGGAUAAUAUUGUUGAGGAGGCCACCCGAGAUUCUGGGCUCACCUUUGGGGACUCCUCACUCCUCGGUCGAGGUUAA